GACUCCAGGCAUAAGAUGAAAGGCUCUGGUCUUGCCACUGGUCUGCUCUGUGCUGUGCUUUAUCUCCUGGGAACUCCGUCAACUGGGCUUAAGACUCUCCAUUUGGGAAGCUGUGUGAUCACCACCAAUCUCCAGGCAAUACAAACUGGAUUUUCUGAGAUUCGGGACAGUGUGCAAGCUGAAGAUGAAAACAUUGACAUCAGAAUCUUAAAGAGAACUAAGUCUUUGCAAGACACAAAGCCAUCUGAGCGUUGCUGUCUCCUCCGCCAUUUACUCAGACUCUAUCUGGACAGGGUAUUCAAGAACUACCAGACCCCUGACCCUCACACCCUCCGGAAGAUCAGCAGUCUUGCCAAUGCCUUUCUUACCAUCAAGAAGGACCUCCGGCUCUGUCAUGCCCACAUGACAUGCCAUUGUGGGGAGGAAGCGACGGAGAAAUACAGCCAGAUUCUGAGUCACUUUGAAGAGCUUGAGCCUUGGGCAGCAGUAGUGAAGGCUUUGGGGGAACUAGAUAUUCUUCUUCGAUGGAUGGAAGAAACAGGAGGACAAUGAUGACACUGCUGAGAAUAUUCGUGGCCAAGGG